GAACCACUAGCCUCAGCAACGGGUUUCAGCCGUUGCUGGCUCGUGUGCCUGCGGCGACCACCUCAGGUUCGCACCCUCCCCCCCUUUUCGUGGGAGAAAGCUGUCCAUCUUUGUGCAGCGAUUUCUGGGAUUUGGGACUCCAGACACGUUCGCUUCGUACUGUUUCCGUGUUUCCCGGGGCCCUCACGCGCUAUCUCACGGUUUCAACGCCUCUCUUUCGUCACAUCCCCCGUUUCCGUUGCUGUCACUCCCUCACUCCUGGCUGCCAGAAGACAUUGCUGCUUUGCGCUGCUUGUUGCCAGCGAGAAGCCUGGCAAUUUCAGAGGAAGUCUGCCGAACCCAACUUCUGCGUCUUCCGGAAAUUCCCACGGCUACCUUAGUCCUAUUUGCGUCUCCUUCUUGGUUAUGUUCACCCGAUGAACUCUGAGAAAACGUUCGCGGGAGGCGUUGGCCUUCUGUGAAAUAAACAGCUGCACGCACAGUGACUUUGUCCUGCUCUGAGGGAGCGUGUGCUGCUGUCAGCAUUUGUUGCUUCCUUCCCCUAUCGUGAAAAGAUCGGUUAUACCCCCUUUGCAGACAGAGAGCCGCCUUUCCUCCAAGAAGAUCUCUGUGUAGAUUCAUGCAACUGAGUGCAAACGCCUUCACGCCUACAAUACACGACUCGGAAUCGAAAAGGCCAAGACCCCAUUUACGGAAGCACCGAUAAAACUACAAAGAUCCACGUACAUACAUCUGCGCCAUAGAUUGCAUAGACACUCCAAGAAGGGAGACAUGGUGCCGUGUGCCGUCACACAAGACAGCGUAGAAGUUUGCAUCUAUCAAGUUGGAACGGCGACUCUCAACCCCUUUGCCUGCAACUCUCGAGUCUUUCGUCUCUGUCUCUGUGUGCAUUUGCCUUCAUACUCAGCUUAUAUCUAUAUAUAUAUAUAUAUAUAAGCAUCUCUGCAAUUUAUAACCCACUGAUUUAUAUAUAUAUAUAUCUGCAUGCGCUAAAAUGCGGUGCGUGUGUAUCAUCUGCAUUUUGUAUCGAUGAGAGUUGAUCUUCGAGUGGCUAGAAGCGCUGUAGACGGAAUCCCUUUUUCCCCCGGAAGUUUCCAUGUUUUUCUCGACAUCUUCUCCUGCGUUGUGUCUUUUUUCUGUGUCCCCAAAACGCUCUACCUCGAGGAAGAUGGUUGGGUCUGCUUCCUGAGUUGCCACGCCUGUCUACAGAGAGUUUCUCUGGGAGUCGUCUGUUUCCUCACCUCUUCUUCUCGCCUUUCCCCCCUUUUUCCGCUUUGAAAAGAUGCCGGUGUCUCCGCUUCAAGCUGUGUCGCCCCGUGCCUUCCCUGAGGACUCCUGUCGCGCAGCCUCCGUGUCGGCUUCUUCCCAGCUCGGCGAAAAUGGCGGUUUCGCCUCUCUGCCUGCGCCGACGCUCGCGUGUCUUCACGUAUUGGAGACGUUGGGCCGCAAGCGCCCAGCAGUUGGUUCCAACGUUGCUUCUCUCUCCGACGAACAGGGCGCCUCUUUCCUGAGUUUCUCCGAGAUCCACCAGCUUCUCCUCGACGCAGAAGCUCUCGACACUCCUGCGAAAUACGCCCACAUGUUCCACGCCGUGUGCGUCUUGGCCGACAGGCGUCUAGACACCGUGCGACGGCGAGCGGAGGCGGCGAACCACUUCUCCACAGCUGGUAAGAAGAGACGUCGCCUGACGGCAGACGAGCCUGCGGUGAAGAGAGAAGACUCGACAGAGGGCGAGGAGAGCGCGUGUGGGAACGCGGAGAGAGAGGAGACGCUCUUUGCAGAAGACGAAGACGGAAUGGCGGCGGAGACAAAGCCUGAGGGAAGCGGCAGGGAGACUGGAGAGCCGCGGCGAGGCGCGACGGAGGCGAGAGACAUGGGAUCGACACCGGAGGAGACGGACGACGCCGAGGACUCAGGCUCGGAUGUCGACGCAUGCGAAUCUGAGAGAAAUCCCUCACAAACCCCGCGCCCUCGAGAGAGACAAGAAGUCGCUUCCCAUGUUGCUGGCUUGCUGCUCGGCACUCUGGAGAGUCUCCGGAGACCCCCCGCGCUCGGCGCCGAAGACUUCCUCGAGUCCGUCACCCACGCCAUCUCGCGCGUGCUUUACGUCCACAUGCCCGCGGCUGCAGGCGCCGAGACAGAACAGCCUGACUUCUCCGCGCCAGGUCCCCGCCCCGCCUUCACCUCCGCAGCCGAGUGUCGCCAGGCCUGGCGCCGCGGAAUCAUUCGGCGCUUCGACACUGUCGACCAGCUGCUCACGCAAAGCGCCCCCUUUCUCUGCUUGCAGGAAGGUCCUUUUUCUCCCCACUCUGGCGAGGCCGGCAGCCAGACGCCGCGCGUCACCGGAAAGGAACGCUGCCGCAGGGCGAUGCGUGUCGUGCGGCAGUGGGCUGCCUUUCUGUUGGAGCUCGAGAAACUCCGCAGGGAGGCUGUCGACCGCAUUCGGUCCACCAGCGAAGAAGCUCAGGGCCUCGCGCACAUGCUCUUCUCUCCCGACAGCGCGGAUGCGGAGAAAAAGAAAAAAACUGAAGUCCUCCUCGUCAUGUGCGACGACGGAGACGAGUCUGCUACAGAAGAAGCCCGAAGGAAGCAGCAAGAGGAAGAAGCACUGAAGAAGGCGAGCGCAGCAGCAUCAGUCGUCACCUACGUGACCGAUCGCAUGAGAGAACAAGAGGAAGCUUCGGCUGCUCUCGCUUCUGCGAUUCCAGGCUCCUCACAGGCUCUCGCAGCUCUUGUAAGACAAAGAAGCAUUUCACACUGCUUUUACUUGCUCGGCCUCAAUCCGCUCACGGCGACUGUUCCAAUGGUUGAGGCAGUGAAGAAGAAGUGGCGCGUGUUGCUGCAUCCAGAUAAAUUCCACAGCAUCCAUCCGCAUUUGCUUCACCAGGCUACUGAAGCUUUCAAAGCCUUCCAACUGGCCGUGGAGGAGGCGAUUCGAACUCUGAGUCAGCGCCGCGUGGAUCCAAGCUGGGCGCAACCGCCUCCGCCGCCGGACCCUUCGGCCUCUCCUCCCCCGCCUCCCGCUCCAGGGAUUUCUCCAGGUUCCUCGAAGCGCCCUGCGCCUGCUCCAGCCGAACCGGCUCCUGCGUCCCCAUGCGCGCUGCCGACGCGUCAGUAUUUCCCGGAGUUCUCUGUCGAAGUUGCGCCUCGCAGAAAGGCUCUAGGCGCCUUCUUCCUCUACGUCUCAGCCGCAGGACCUGGCGCGGACCCGGCCUUCUCGGAGAUCACCGAAAUUCGGGUGUACGUACACCGGCCGAUGAUGGGCGGGCCGCCCGGGAGCCUUGCACCGCCGGCUGAGGCGCUGUCUGCGGCGAUUUCGCGGAAAGUGUCUUUGGUUGCGCGUCAGCGCGAAGAGGACGUGGAAAGGGAAGAGAAAAUCGAGGUCUCCGACGCGGUCCAGCCGCUCGAUCUGGGCGAGGAGCGCCGCUACUGGGUCGGUGUCCAGGUGGAAGGAAAGAAAAAGGACUAUUCCCUCAUUCGUUGGAGCCCCGUCAUGCUGCGACUCGCGCUCCCGCCUGCGGUGGAUGCUGCUUGCGGCAGCGCAGACUCCGCAAAACGCCUCGGCGUUUCGGGGAAGAAAGAUGAGGCAGGCCAAGCGACUGCAGAGGCGCGCGCGCUGCUCGCGUUCCUCACGAGCUUCGGAGAAGCCAGCUUCCUGGACAGCCGCAUGCGGGCGAAGGUCGACGAAACGAUCGUGGCGCUCAAGCGCCUGGUGCGGCACAUCGGGAAAAAGAAAGCGAAGAAGACCACAGAGGGCACGAGCGACCUGCAGGGAACCCCACUGCCCCCUGAACUUCUCGCCGAGUACCUCGCGACUGCCAAAGAAGCGAGAGAAACCCUCCACCAGUGCAUUGAGAAAGGCAAAACGUGGACUAGCCGCAAUUCGUAGAGAGUGGAGAACGACAAACCAACUCAGCCCUGGUCCCAAAUAAAGCUCCAGAGGCGGCAGAAACGCAUCCGCAAAAGAAGCAAGCGGCCGAGCAGAGUACCGUGUAUGAAGCCGUGAGGUAGCACCGGAAAGCAGGUUCUGAGCACUCUUGUCCUGCAGAGUUCUCUUGGUAACAAUAGUGUACGGGCUUCACUCGAACGAUUGGAGAACACGUUUUAACGGCUUUUCGAACAAUGUGUGGGAUUUGUUGACUUGCGAGAAAAGCAACCUGUCGCUCCAAGAAAUCUAAUUGAUCUAUCGGGGUUCACCCGGUAAUGAAGCAUCUCGGAGUGUUCCGGGGAAGGGGGGAAGGUGUGCAUUCGCACUGGCGUUUGACUGCUUGUCUGCGGCGAUUUCGCGGGUUUAUGUACCCGUCUCUGGAAAAAAGAGAAGCGGCCGUUUUCGCGCGUUUUCUGGUCCUCAAUUGGCUUCUUGGCGUGCGAACAAACAACCCUUUCCCAACAAGGACGUGAAUCGUUUCUGUGCAACUCUAGCACACCCAAAGUAUGCGAC